AUGGCGUCGAAUGGUCACGGCCAGCUUCCUGGCCAGGAUAACUCGGGCCACCAGUCAAUACCUUUGCAGGAUCUAUCCAGGCAAUCAGGGACUGCCGUGACUGGUGAGCCAGAGCGCGGGAGGACGAGGAGGAGGAGCAGCAGCAGCAGCACAACUGGCGGCGGACGCGCCCAUGUUCCAAGAAGGUCGUUGAUCACCGGCGGAUCAGUGAGGACGUACGAGCGCAUUGCGGAAGAUUCCCCAAGCCCAACCGAAAGGGUCGGAUUUCAUCUCACGCAGCCGUCCACAGCGAGGUCAAGACCAGAGCGGUCCCCUUACAUUUCCAAUGGCGACAAUGAGACUGUGGUGGACGAUUUGGGAGGCUUUGCCCAGGCUGUGGGCUCGAUCGGACUCAGUUUCGACGGGCCCAAGCAGAGCACUCGUCCUCUGGCGGGGUCCUCGACCUCUAUUCACGACGAUGAAGGCUAUAUGAUGGGUGCUUAUCCAGGACGGGGAGAUCGGGGUAGUGUACCCUCCGUGGACGACUAUUUCUCUCCCGUCGGCCUAAACGAAGACACCGCGCCCUUGACCGAUAAGAAAUAUCUCCAACCCAUCAGCGGAGCUCCAGGUACCAAUGAAGAGGAUCAGGAAAGGAGCAGUAUGCAGACUGUUCGUCUGGGCAGCCAAGUCGGCUCACGGUUGGGCGAUGAUCUGGAGGUUGGAACCGGUGGAAGAGGUAGCACUGAUGGCGGGCGCGCUCGUUCUCGAUCCUUAUCGCCAUCGGCGUCUGGCUCAGCCUUGUCAAUGGCAGGCUCAGUGAUGAGGAUGAUGUCUCAGCGAGUAGUGAACCUGAGCAAUGAGCCUGAAGUGGUGGAGCAGUCGAUGCGACGAACCAGCUCUCAGAAGAGUGCGCGACUUGAGGGGCCGCCAGACCUUCCAGCCAUGGUCGACUAUCAUGAUCCGUCACAAGAGAGUAAGCACGAGAAGCAUAUCUCAAGCAAGGCAUGGAAGGUUCACUCCAAUCCCCUGAGGGGCAAGUCUCUUGGCAUCUUUGCUCCAGACAACCCACUACGGACGUGGUUAUGUGAUAUUCUCGUUCAUCCGACCACCGAGCCGUUCAUCUUAGUGGUGAUCAUCAUCCAGACCAUCUUAUUAACUAUCGAGUCGGCGCAGUCGGUCUACGACCAUCCACGAUCACCACGCUGGGGAUCGUCGUCACUGGAUUAUUCGUUUUUUGUCAUCUUCGUCAUCUACACCCUGGAGCUGAUCGCGAGGAUCAUAGUGUCCGGUUUUAUCAUGAAUCCUAUCGAAUACAGUACUCUGGAUCGCUCCCUUGGGCUUAAAAAAGCAUUGGCUGAGAAAGGGAGGAGCCUGUUUACGUUGCAACGCCAGCCAUCGACGAAGAAAUCUACCGCCGCUGCUGAACCACAGGCCUCUCUUCUGCGGACCUUCACUGGCAUGGAGCCCCCGGUAGAUGUGUCGGACGAUCCUCGGCACAGACAACGCGUUCGACUUGCCCAUCGCGCAUUCCUUAGGCACUCGUUUAAUAGGCUGGAUUUUGUUGCUGUUGUCUCGUACUGGAUUGCCUUCUUUCUUUCCAUGGUGGGAUACGAGUCCUCUCAUCAUAUAUACAUAUUCGAAAUGUUGAGCUGCCUGCGAAUAUUGCGGCUUCUGGGCAUCACUAACGGUACUUCGUUUUGCGGGGGUUAUCUCGAUCCAGAUUCUGGGAGCCCAAAGCCAUGGGUUUAUGCGAAUGGUGAACCCUCGGGUUUUCAGCCUAAAGGAUACCUCUGUCCUCAGGGUUCUAUGUGUGUUGAAGGGACUAAUCCUUACAAUGGAACUGUUAGUUUCGAUAAUAUUUUGCAGUCGCUCGAGCUGGUGUUCGUGAUUAUGAGUUCUAACACGUUCACGGAUCUCCUAUAUUACACCACUGACAGCGACUAUCUUGCAGCCGCUCUGUUCUUUGUUGUUGGUCUUGUCAUUAUGAGCCUGUGGAUGGUCAACUUGUUAGUCGCGGUCAUCACGUCAUCGUUUCAAGUUAUUCGAGAGGAAAGCAAGCGCAGCGCUUUCACCAUGGAGAAAAUCGACGAUGUCAACCAGCAAGAGACGGCGCCUCAAAAAGUCAGCACCCUCAAGCGUAUAUACGACAAAACGGAAUGGUUCUGGAACACACUCAUUGCAUUCGAUCUUAUCGUUCAAUGUCUCCGGAGUGCAUCUAUGGGACCCGGUCGGGAGACCACCAUCAACGUCACCGAGACGGUGGUCACUUUGCUCCUCUUGGUCGAGAUUAUUAUCCGCUUUGCGUCCGACUGGAGACGUUUCCACAAGAGCAAACGCAAUUUGGUUGAUCUUGGUCUUGCCGUGAUUACGUGCAUUAUCCUGAUCCCACCGAUUCGUAACUCUGGCCAGCCAUAUGCAGUUCUCUCGCUGUUUCAAAUACUCCGAAUCUAUCGCGUCGUCUUGGCGUUCUCGCUCACCCGAGACCUGAUCAUGGUCGUGUUCCGCAACGUCGUUGGUCUACUCAAUCUGAUCCUCUUUGUGUUUCUCAUCACAUUUCUUGCCGCUAUCUUUGCGGUGCAGCUCUUUCGCGGACAGAUUCCCCAACAGGAUCCCGAUGGAAAUACGAUCCACAUGACCUUUUACAAUAUCUACAACGCGUUCCUCGGCAUGUACCAGGUCCUGUCUAGCGAGAAUUGGACGACGAUCCUUUAUAAUUCGACCAAUUUCACGGUGUCGGCUCAUACGGCCUGGAUCUCUGCGUCUUUCUUUAUCAUGUGGUUUAUUCUGGCCAAUUUUAUCAUUCUUAAUAUGUUCAUUGCUGUCAUUCAAGAGAGCUUUGAUGUGUCUGAAGACCAAAAGCGACUGCACCAAGUAAAAGCCUUCUUACAACAGAAGGAUGUGGGAGGUUCUUCGACUGGAAAUCUUGCUCUGACCGCAAUAUUCAAAUUGGGUCGCGAUUCGGACCGCUACCGAGAUCCGCUCGAUUACGGACCGGCCUCUAUGGAGAUGCUGAUGAAGGAUGCUGUAGUACGAGAGUUUCUCGACGAGCGAGCACCGAUCGAGGACCACGGAGCGGACAGUCCGGCUCGAACGGCAGCGCGGGCAGGCAGCGUCAAGCCGGGUCUUCUGUCGCAGUGGUGGUCCAAGAUCACGACGUCAAUUACGCACCGAGAACCUAACCCGUUCUACUCCAAGCUGCAGUUUUCUCGAGCCUAUGAUGACCUGGAUCCCAGAACUCUGGCUAAGGAAGUCGUUAUGGCAUCAGAGCAGCGAAAACGCGCUCAGCGGGAAUAUCUCAGGAGGCAUCCGUACUACAACAAGUCGCUGUUCAUCUUUGCGCCGGACAAUCCCAUCCGCAAAGCAUGCCAGCGGAUCGUCGGACCUGGCCGGGGAAAUCAGCGUUUCGAAGGCGUCGACCCUUACAAGCCUCUUUGGUUCUCUUUCUCUGCAUUCAUCUACGCGGCCAUUGUUGCGAUGGUUCUCCUCGCCUGUAUCACAACGCCCCUCUACCAAAAGCAGUAUUUCCAGAAUAGUGAAUCCACUGGUUUGAACUGGUUCGUCUGGACUGACAUAGGUUUCGCCAUAUUGUUCACGAUCGAGGCUACCAUCAAAGUGAUCGCGGAUGGAUUCUUUUGGACUCCGAAUGCGUACUUUCGGGGAGCUUGGGGCUUUAUUGAUGGCAUCGUGCUCAUCACCCUCUGGAUUAAUGUGAUCACAUCCCUGUACCACAAUGACACUGUCUCGCGAUUUGUGGGCGCCUUCAAAGCCCUGAGGGCGUUGAGGUUGCUCAAUGUCAGUGACAGCGCCAGAGACACGUUCUACUCUGUCAUCAUCACUGCCCAGAGUCUCGAGCUGACGCCUACCGAGGCCGCAUUUGUCUCCAUGAGCUUCCUCAUUCCCUUCGCCAUAUAUGGACUCAACCUGUUCAAUGGAAAAUUGAUGCAGUGCAACGACGGUAAUCCGCCACAAAGUAAUCUCAGCUACUGCAUUGGAGAGUAUCAGAGCUCGCCUUACAAUUGGAACGUGCUCGCUCCACGGGCUGUUUCCAACCCAUACUUCGAUUUUGACAAUUUUGCCCACUCCCUCUUCAUCCUUUUCCAGAUCGUUUCUCAGGAAGGCUGGAUCGAUGUACAAUGGAGCGUCAUGAGUAUCGUAGGGGCGGACCAACAGCCUCAGGAUUUUGCCUCUCCGGCCAACGGGCUCUUCUUUGUUGUCUUCAAUCUGUUGGGAUCCGUCUUUGUUUUGACCUUGUUCGUAUCGGUCUUCAUGAGAAACUACACCGAACAGACCGGGGUUGCGUUCUUGACCGCCGAACAACGCUCUUGGCUCGAAUUGCGGAAGCUUCUCAGGCAGAUUUCUCCCUCCAAGAGAUCCGUCGACAGCAAGACGAAGAAAUGGCGGCUGUGGUGCUAUCGCAUUGCAGUGAAGAAACAUGGGAGAUGGGCCAGAUGUGUGACCACCAUUCUUUUGCUGCAUUUGUUGCUUCUCAUGCUGGAGUUCUAUCCGUCAGCGCCGCUGUGGGACGUAUUGAGAAGUAUCCUCUUUUUCAUCUUUACCUUUUUCUACAUUGCGAAUGUCGUUAUCCGAAUAUUUGGACUGGGGUGGCGCCGGUUCAGGCGAAGCUCUUGGGACCUCUAUUCGCUGGUGGCAGUUCCCGGUACUUUCAUUACUAUCAUUCUGGCCUUCAUCUUUCCCACUCAGCUUUUCCAGGAGCUGAACAAGCUUUUCCUCGUGGCAAUGACGUUGCUCAUCAUUCCUCGCAACAACCAGCUGGAUCAACUUUUCAAGACCGCCGCAGCCAGUCUGACGGCCAUUGGGAAUCUUCUGGCCACUUGGUUCGUUCUGUUCCUGGUCUUCGCCAUCGCCAUGACCCAAACGUUCGGGCUCACGAAAUUCGGAGAGCAAGAGACCAACAACAUCAAUUUCCGGGAUGUUCCCAAAGCAUUGAUCUUCCUUUUCCGCACCAGUUGCGGCGAGGGCUGGAAUCAGCUCAUGGAGGAUUAUGCCACGAUGCGCCCGCCGUACUGCACAAUCACGGACAACUUUUACACGUCGGACUGCGGCAGUGCAGGGUGGGCCCGGUCACUGUUUAUCGCCUGGAACAUCAUCAGCAUGUACAUUUUCGUCUCUCUUUUCGUAUCACUCAUUUUCGAAAGUUUCUCUUAUGUGUACCAGCGAAGUAGCGGGCUCUACGCGAUUAGCAGGGACGACAUUCGCCGCUUCAAACAAGCUUGGGCGACGUUUGACCCCGAUGGCACCGGAUUCAUAUCCAAAGAACAGUUUCCGAGACUUCUUGGGGAACUCUCUGGCGUAUUCGAGAUGCGUAUCUACGACGGUGAAUUCACAGUGGGGAGCAUCUUAGAGCAGUGCAGAGUCCGUCCGCGGGAUUCGAUCUUGUCGUACCCGGAGAACCCCGCCAACCAAGAAAUCGACAUUCGAAAAUUGGCCCAAAUUGUUGAUCGAAUCCCAGUCGAGAAGAUUCGAGCUAGACGACGGAUGUUGAACAAUUUCUACGAAGAAGUCUUGGUGUCGGCCGAUCCGGAGCGCGGGAUAUCAUUUUCGGCCUGCCUGAUGAUCCUGGCGCAUUACAAGGUGAUCAACGACAGCAAAAGCCUGAGAUUGGAGGAAUUUCUGCGACGGCGCACCAGGCUCCAGCGCGUCGAAGAGGCGGUUCGGCGAAACACCGUCAUUGGAUUCUUCGACACGCUCUACUGGUCUCGUCAAUUCCGGCGCAGACUCGAGUCCCGGAAAUCGGCCCGCAUGAACACGGUUCCCGAGUUCUCAGUGCCCGAAAUCCUUGUGGAUGCCCACCAGGACGGGAAUGCGGAGGAAAAGGACAAAGAUGUAACCAGCGGGGCGUCAUCACCCUUGGCGUCGCCAAGCUCUCUCGACUUUCCACGCUCAAGCUCAUCCCCCGCCAAAGGGAAACCGACCCUUCACAUCGACACGAGCGGUUCGGGACGGGGUUCUGCGGGAAGCUCGCCCACCGAGUGGGAGAGGGUCAGCUCGACCCUGUCGCCGCGCCGGCUGAGGGAGACGGACACGGAGUAUCAUGGCGCUGCCGGACAGAUGUCUCCUGUUGGUUCCCCUUCGCCUUCGGGGCAUGGUCACGAUACCAGCGCGGUCAGCGUGCAAGACAUGAUGCAGUCCCUUGGGGAGUCCGCUUGGGGUGAGAGUAUUCGACGAAGCUUCACGCAACGACGCCCGCAGAACUAG